AUGGAAGACGCCGCGACCCUACGAGCCGCGAGUCAGACACUCGCGAUCAAAGGACCGCAGAAGAUGAAAGAGCAUAAAGAUCAGCCAUCGACCCGGGAGUCCCGACGGAAGGGUCAGGACGAUCGGAAGCCGAAGCGGAAGAAGUAUGAUAGCUAUACUCCACUGAACUCCUCCCUGUCGCGUAUCCUGAGGGAGAAGGCCUCCACCGACCUCAGGGACCGACCCCCUCCACUUCUGACGAGAGGGGACAAGCUAGAUUCUAAGAGAUUUUGUGAGUUCCACGACAGCCCAGGCCACAACACGGACGAGUGCCUGAACCUCAAGGACAAGGUGGAGGAACUGAUCAGAGCAGGCAGGUUGUCUAGGUAUGUAGCUCUGUCAUCCGGUGACCUCCCACGCCCGCGCUCGCCGCCCCCGAAACGGACACCCACCCCUCCAUGGCACCGUGCCCGAACCCCUCCAAAGCGCCGGUCAACCGAUCGUCAGGACAGGACGCCACCGCGUCGCCGAAGCCCCGAGCGCCGUGGAAGAAGCAGUGAACGUAGAAGAAGCCCCGACCGACACGGCCGGGAUGAAGUUCGAAGACAUCAUGGGAGCAACCUAGUCAGCGUUGGUUCAAUAGCCGAAGGAUGGGCCGCAGGCAGGCCCACUAAUAACAGCCGGAAAAGAAGUACCUGUGUCAUCAUGUCCGCAGCUGGAAGGCCCCGCCCAGGGUCCCUCCACCCCCCAAGGCAGAAGGUGGCCAUCACCUUCACGGAAGACGACUACAGCGAGGACACCGACGAGGAAGACGACCCCAUCGUCAUUGAGGCCCUGAUCGGCAAUGGUAAGAUUCGAAGGACGCUCAUUGAUACAGGUAGUUCCGCUGACAUUAUGUUUUAUGACGCUUAUAAAAGCUUAGGACUAUCGGUGAAAGACCUGCUCCCCUACGACCAUGAUUUGAUCGGGUUCACGGGGGACAGAGUCCUACCCUUAGGAUAUUUUGAUACUUGCCUUUCUCUGGGAGAUCAUAGAAUUUGCAAGACAAUAAAAGCUUGUUUUCUGGUGGUGGAAUGUCCAACGACGUACAACGCCCUUCUUGGCAGGCCAAGCCUCAACAUCUUCAGGGCGAUCAUAUCCACCCACCAUCUGAUGCUUAAGUACCCCUGGGCAGGAAGGGCAGUGCAAGUACGCGGCAAUCUCGAAAUGGCAAGGAGCUGCUACAACUCCAGCUGCAGGCUGGCCAGAGAAGAAAGAAAGAGAAAGAAGUCCAAAGCCCAGAACCAGCAAGACAACUUCCAUGUUCAACACACCAGUUUCAUGACCAACCUCGACCCCCGAGUGGACUAG